AUGGGUCGAAGCCGCUCAGCGGAGCAGACGGCCCGCGUGCUCCUCUCGAAUGCCGUUCGCCACGACACGUGGGAGUGCAGGGCGUCAAAAGAUGGAGCGGUGGACCCGCUGCUCACACUGCGACUUGUGUGGGAUGAACUGCCGCUGGAAUCACCGUUUAAUGACGCAGUCGCGCUGCACGUGACACUCUUCGACAGGGUGUCGUCCGCCUUCAUUGGCGCGACGUACACUGCUCCCCGAUUGACUGUCACCGACCCGCUCAUCUUUCAAAGCCGUGGGGACAACAUUCUGUUGGUGGUUGAAGUGGUGGCGCGUGAUGAGCGUCCCCACGCCCCUGUUGAGGGGCGGCGCGUUGUUCUGUGGGGCUAUCUCCCCGUGGCGGGGCUUAGUGCUGCGCGUUUCGUGGCGCUGCGGCCAGGGAAUGCCCAGCUUCUGUAUCUGAACCCCAAGUCGUGGCCCUCCGGUGGUGACGAGAUGCCGCGUUUGGGGUACACCUGCACGGUUGUGGAGGAUGCGGUGGUGUCGCAGCUCAUGACGCGCCUUGUGCCACCCGGGAUUCUGGUGCCGCAGAGCUUCACAGAGAGUGCCCCACAGGCUUCCGCCGGCUCGUUUCGUUGUGUCGUGCAGAAUAUUCAAGUGACACCCACGGUAGAGGAUGCAGAGUGGGACAACGGUACUGCGGCGGAGUGGCGCAUCGCCGCUGUUGCACACAACGGCUACCAGCAGCUCGGACAGGGCGCUGAGGUCUCGUUGGAGUUGGACAACGAUGAUGGAGUGUCGCCUUCCACGUCGUCGGGUGCCAUCACCACCACCACCACUGCCACCACUACAUCCGGUCCCAGCGCUGCCACAACCGCCAACAACAACAACAGCAGCAGCAGCAGCAACCACCACCACCACCACCACGGUGCGUUGAGGCGGCGUCUGUUGCGCUCUGUUGCUCCAUUGGAAAUUGACGGGCUCCCGGUGCACUCGGCGACGUCGCUGGUGCUGGCGAUUCGCCGCAAGAAAUUAGGGGGGAAGCGGUUCGAGGUGCUUGGAUUCUGUGUUUUUCCACUAUGUGUGAUGCCAGUGAAGGAUCGUGAUCUGCGCGUGGAGAACCUUCCCACCCUUCAUGGGCCAUUCUCGUGUCGAGACCCGCGGAUGCUAAUGCUAGAAUCAACCUCGCCGUACGGCAAGGUGCCGAUGACGGUGACGCUAACCGUGGAGUACUACGACACAGGCUCCGCGAGUCUCUCAGAGCCACAUUCUCUUACACAGUGGAAACCAGUGGACGUGGAGGAUACGGUGAAACCUGCUGGCGAAAGUGAAGGCAGAUCGAGACGGAGGAAGAAAACAAAAGAGAGUGUGCUGGGUGAAAAUGAGCAGGUGCCUUCAGCUCCGUUUGUUCCGGCAUCACAGCCCCUUGGGAUUAUCUCGACGGAGGAUUCUGUCGAGCCACCAGCGGGUGAGGCUGCCACCACUUCUAGUGCUGCCGCGUUGCAGGCAGUGGAGCUUACUUAUCCAGCAGACGCUCUGGGGAAGCAGACAGCCGAGGACCACUCCCCCAUUGACAUAUUCAAAAUGCUUUGCAAUGUCAUGGAGGAACUGCGCCGUCUACGAGAGGUGCAGGAGGAGGUGAUGCGACACGGCCGUCCGCGUGGUGUGCCGGCUCAACGCGUAGAUGAAACGGGUAGACAAUUAGACGACGUCACCGGCUUUGACGUGGUAGAUCUUGCGCCGAAGCCGGUGUCGAUCUCCUGGGAGGUACGCUGCCAGUUGGAAGAAAACCUGCAGCCCAUCCUCCACCCACUCCAUGGAACCCGCCUAGAUGAUCACGUUCCGGCGACGGGCAGCAUGACGGCGUCGCUGUACGGCAUCCGCUUCGAGGGUCUCACUGUUGAUGCCUCCAUUUACGUGCCGGAUGACGUCUGCUUCAUGUUUUCCUUCGGGCCUCUACCGUUCCAGACGAUUGGGCCUGUACGUGCUGCACGUAUCGACAAGUCCCUCCACGUGCAGACGUUCAAGCUGUAUGAGGGGACACAGCGCGGUGGGAUGGUGUGGUGUGAGCCGCUUGAGGGGGCGCAGGAUACCUUCCUACAGAAGUACCAUAAGCAAGGAACCGCAACGCUCUACAUCCACAUAUACGACGCCCUCACUAUGUUCUACAUUGGCAGCGCUGACGUGCUUCUGGCGCACUUUCGUCGUCCACACAACGCAGAGAGCGCACGCAUCUCGAUGGACCUUGCUUUAUACCGUGACCUCAGCCUGACGGAACGGACUGUUCCGGCUAAGGUGCUCCCCAUCAUGCGCCACGCUGGGCAGAUGCACGUGACACUGUUCUGUGUCGGUACAAGUGGGCCAGCUGAGCUGCACGUUAACACAACAGUGGAGCCGCCGCGUGGAUCUCGGGUGGUUGUCGCGAAGAAGUUGCCACACGCAAGUUUAAUGGAGUCACUGCCGGGCGGGGAUGCAAGGACUGAGGCUGUUCCAGAGAAGCCACGUGAGGAAGGUCAAGCACCCCCCGUCGUGACGGCACCCUCAGCACCAGAGGCAGCGGCAGUAGAAGCCGCAGUGGAAGCAACACAGGGCGGUGACGGGGAUCAGGACAAUUUGCACUGGCGCCGUGCACAGUACGUGAAGCAACUGUACGGAAACUCGACAACACUUCCAGGUGUGCCACACGAGCAUCCGCUACCGAAGGCUGAUCUCGAGUUCCGUUUGCGCUACCUGGAGAAGCAGCGAGACGAGAUGAAGUCGCGCAAGAUUGCGGAGGCGCUGAUGGAGCGCCUCACGGUGCACCACCACGUCUAUGUCGCCUCCUGCAGGCCGGAGACGACGCGGACGGUGUUUCAGAACCCGUUUGGAACGGCGAUGCAGUUCAGCGUGGAGGUCGACUCCGCUGCGGCCUAUGCGUUGGAGGUGGCAUCACCGCCGUCCUUCUACCUGGGCCCACACGAGCAGACUGAUGUGCUGCUUGUGGUUCGCCUCGCCAAGUGGAAGGGCCAGCACGGCGAGCCGCUGCACCUGCGUGCGUGCGUCUACACCGACGGACGGGAGGUUGUGCGCAUCGUUGACGUGCAAGCCACUAUGGGGCCGCCGUUUGUGGACCGCCGCUACGAGAUCUUCGGCCCGGCAGGGGCGGAGGUGUCCAAGAAGGUCUUCUCACGCCUCUUCUCUUCUUCCACGUUCCCCAUUACUUCAGACCGCGCCAAGCUGCUCGCGCGGAUGCGGGACGUGUGUGGGCGCGCGACCAUCACGUCGGAGAGCACGACGGCGGACGUGAACGCGGUGCUCGACCCCAUCACGCAGUCGUACGUCACCGCGUGGGAGGAGGUGACGCUGCACACGACAAUCCCACGCGACGGUGCGGCGCAACGUGUCGAGUAUCUCACCCUCUUCGAGGACGCCGCAAUGAGCAAGGUGAUUGAGACGUGGGAGUUGUGCAUUUUCGCGUGUCAGGCCGUCACGUCGCGGGAGCUGCGGCUCGGCCAAACAACGACGGUGGCGCUCCCGGCGGCCGGCGUGGAGGCGCUUUACUGCAGCGGCGCACAUGUGAAGGUGGAGCGACGGGAGAACUCCUACCUGCUGCACCUGCGGCCACAAGAGGUGGGCACGCAGCAGCUUCUACUGCACGCGCUGACAAACCAGCAGUUGGCCAAGACGCUGCUGACAGUCCCCACAGUGUACCCGGCGCCGACGUACACGCAGAUGUUAGAGCUCAGCUUGGCCGACACCACGGCACCGAUCUUCCGCCGUCUGCAGUUCGUCCACAAUGGUACAAUGGAUGAGGUGUUUACUGUGCACCACAACUACAAGUAUCAGCUCCAGGUGACACCCAAGCAGUUCGCACUCGCCCCUAAUGACUCGCAGUUCAUCACGAUGCAGAUUGACAUGCUAAGUCUACCGGAGGGGCAGAUGGAGGGACGCUGGCCAAUGUGGAUUUUCGUCAACAACGCCAGUGACAAGACGGUUGUCUCGUACCUGAUACAAGUGGUGCUGCGCGCUCACCGUGUCAUUCACGACAUGUCGUAG